AUGUCUAUGAGCUCUCAGGAUUGCGACCAAGUCCGCGAGGGAUUCCCUCGUCCUUUCCCUAACACGCCUACCAAUGUUUUCGAGCAAUUCAGCUUGAAGGGCAAGGUAGUGGUUGUCAAUGGCGCAGCGGAUGGGAUCGGUCUGGCUGUUGCUGAGGCGAUGGCAGAAGCUGGCGCUCAUGUCGCCUUUUGGUAUAAUUCGAAUGAUGCUGCCAUUACAAAGGCACAAGAGCUGGCGACUUCCCACAGCAUCAAAACUCAGGCAUACAAGGUUGAUGUCUCGAAUGCCGAUUCUGUUCAGAAGAAUAUCACUCAAGUCGUGAAAGACUUUGGGAAAAUUGACGUCUUCGUCGCUAAUGCUGUUGACGGUAUCGUCUAUUGCUCCAAGUUCGUGGGUGAGGUUUUCAAACGCCAGGGCUUUGGAAAUCUCAUCCUCACAUCCAGCAUGAGUGCUAAAAUUGUCAACGUCCCUGUUGAUCAACCUGUUUACAAUGCCACUAAGGCCUUUGUUACCCACUUUGGAAAGUCCCUUGCUCGCGAAUGGCGGGAAUUUGCUCGUGUGAACAUUGUCUCUCCAGGCUUCUUUGAUACUAAGAUGGGUGCUAGUCCCGGCUGCAUUAAUGAGGCAUACCGCAUGUCGUCUCUGGGACGACAAGGUCAUACGAAGGAGAUUAAGGGCUUAUACCUCUAUUUGGCAAGUGAUGCGUCCACCUAUAUGACUGGCAGUGACGUGCUUAUUGAUGGAGGGUAUGUUUUGCCUUGA